UACGUGACGAAUGGCAAUUAAUUUUGAAAAAUAAGAUAUGGGAUUCACCAGGAGGAGAAAAGAGAAUUUUUUCAAUAUUGAAGUUGAGUUUUGAUGAAUUGAAACCUCCGUCCUUGAAACAAUGUUUUGCCUAUUGCUCAAUGUUUUUCAAAGAUUUUGAUAUUGAAAAGGAUGACUUGAUCCAACUUUGGAUGGCUCAGGGAUGGCUUCACCCUUGUUCUGAGAGAAGCCUAGAGAUGGAGGAUAAAGGUAAUGAAUAUUUUAAAACCCUAUUGGCCAAGUCUUUUUUUCAAGACGUUACAACGGAUUAUGGUGGUAAUGUUACCAAAUGUAAGAUGCUAGAUCUUGUGCAUGAUCUUGCAGAACAUGUAUCAAAAUCUAGGAACCUACGCUCGCUUUUUUCAAAUGGAGAAGUCCUUGGGAGCAACUUACUUAACUUCAAAUCUAUACGUGUCUUAAAUUUAUACAAAACAGAGGUUAUGGAGUUGCCAUGUUCAAUUGGAAAGUUGAAACACUUGAGGUAUUUGAAUGUUUUGAAAACAAGAAUCAAAACAUUUCCCAAAUCAAUAGGUCAGGUUUAUAACCUGCAAACUUUGAAAAUACCUUAUCAACUUGAAGAGUUUCCAAAGGAAAUUGCAAAUUUGAUCAACUUGCGGCAUGUUUAUUUUGGUAGAUAUAUGAAAGUUCCAAGUGGGAUAUUGGGACGGUUGACUAAUCUCCGGUCCUUACCUUUUCUCAAGGUGGGUAACAAGACAGGUUCUGGAAUAGAGGAAUUGAGUGGUUUAAACCAGUUGCACGAUACCUUAUCUAUAUAUGGACUGGAAAAUGUAGGAGAUGGAGAAGAAGCUCUUAAAGCAAACUUGGUCGAGAAGAAAUAUAUACGUAAGUUAAUCCUUGGAUGGAAGCUUAGUCGGCCAAGCCACAUUGUGGAGAAUGACGAUGAUGUACUAGAAGGCCUCCGACCACAUUCUAAUUUGGAAUUUAUGGAGAUUCAGGGAUUCAUGGGUGUUAAAUUUCCAUCAUGGUUAUUGUUAGCCAACAAUUUGAAAGAGAUUGAAUUAUUGGGCUGCAACAAAUGUGAACGAGUCCCAGUACUUGGGCAUUUACCCAAUCUUAGUUGUGUUAAGAUUAAGAGAAUGGAGAACCUAACUCAUAUAGGAUCUGAGUUUUAUGGUAAUAACCAUGUCAACUGUGGAAAUGGAUCAAGUAAGGAGGCGCAGCCUUUGUUCCCUGCUUUGAAAACAUUGCAUAUUGAGGAGGCCCGGAACCUGAUUCAAUGGAUGGAAGCACCAACAGAAAGAGCAAGUACAGUGUUUCCUUGCCUUGAGGAACUGACCUUGAUUCACUGUGACCAACUGAUAAGUGCUCCCAGUCAUUUCCCAUCUCUCAAGAAAUUGUGGAUAGAAGACAUGGAUAGCGGAGGCAUGCCAAUAGCAAGUAUUCUAAGCAAUCAACUUACCACUCUCACUUAUCUCCGCUUAAAGUGUGUGGGGGGACUUACUUGUCUGCCGGGAGGGAUGUUAGAAAACAACAAGAAUCUCGCACAUUUAGGCAUAAUUCACUGUUCAGAGUUAACUUGUAUUUCUCCCCGAUCACAAGGAUUUGAGUACUGCUGCGCAUCUCUUUCACAUUUGCAUAUAUGGAAUUGUCAGAAUCUCAGAUAUUUACCUGAUGGGCUACUUACUCCUUCUCUUAAACGGAUGUGGUUGUAUAAAUGUCACAAUCUAGAGUACAUCCCAGAUGCUACACACGGUAGUCUCACAUCCCUUGAAACAUUGUAUUUGAUAAUGUGCUAUAAAAUAACUUCCAUACCAUUUUCACAAGGCCUGCCAUCUCUUGUUGAAUUAACUAUAAGCCACUGUCCCGAAUUAUCAAGCCUACCGGGUGGACUAGAAUACUGUACCUCUGUUCGGAGUUUGAGAAUAACAAAGUGCCCCAAGGUACCAUCCAUUUCAAUCGAAAGUCUGAGUGCAUCCCUCGAAGAUUUGUGUGUAAGUAAUCUAGACUCUCUUCCAAUUUCACGAGGAGGCUUCAUAUCACUCCGUCAAUUGACAAUCAUGUGUUACGAAAGUGCCCAAAUUGGCCCAGAAUUUAGUGCCUUUCUUCAAACCCUCGUCUCUCUUCAAGAAUUGAGAAUGAGGUCUUGCGAAAAUCUAGAGAGUAUUCCAAGUUCAGACAAGAUCACAUCCCUCCGCAGCUUGAGUAUAUGGUGUUGUGAAAAAUUAACAUGUCUACCGAGUCAAUUAGCAGCAUCGUCACAGUCCUGCAGCCUCACCCGUUUGAAGGAAUUGACAAUUGGUAGUUUCAGCGAGGAGCUUGAUGCAUUCCCAGCUUUUCAGGCUAUACCACAACUUGAAUCAUUAGACAUCCGGGGGUGGCCAAAGCUCAAGUCUCUCCCUGAACAAAUUCAACACUUGCCUUCUUUAAGACAUUUGACAAUAACAUGGUUUGAUGGAGUGGAGGCUAUUCCAGAGUGGUUGGGAAACCUUGCAUCUCUUGAGGACCUGACUAUUCAGAAUUGCGAGAGUCUAAAAUAUCUACCUUCUGUGGAAGCUAUGCAACGCCUCACCAAAUUGAAGGAGAUAGAGAUCUUCAGAUGUCCCCUUCUAGAAGAAAGAUGCACGGAAGAGAGCGGCCCAGAGUUGCAUAAGAUUCGUCAUCUUCCAUUCAUCAAGAUUGGGCGGACAAAAAUUGAGAAUUGACCAACGCAGAGUACAAAUAAUUCCUAAUUGCUUAAAGUGCCCACAUUGAGGCAAAUAAGGGGCAUUUUGUUUAUUUUUGGCAAACAAUUUCUGGAGGUUUUCACUAAAUUGGAGGAAUACGUGUCGUGCCAUCAGAGUCCUGGGUUUCUGAAACACCAGAUGAGGAGUAGUUGAGUUGGCUAACUGGCAGGCCUUUCAUGCCAUCUCCCAAGGUUCCCUUUCACCAAAAGAACCAUUCAGUUUGUUCCUCUGAAUUGUUCUCCAAACCAGUGGUGAAACAUUAUUUGGCGAACUCUGUUUUUCUUAGAGAAAUCAUUGUUACCGUGGAAGCUGUUGAUGGACAAUCUUGUAACAGAUUGCUGCGUACAUGUGAACUCUUCUGACCCUUCUUUUGUGUUGCUCUAUUUGUCCAGAUAGAACUGAAUAUGUGAACCUACUCUUUUUAUCCGAGCCCUUUGCAGCAGGAUAUGGGGCACCAGGUUUCCGUCAUUUUUGUCUCUGUUGUACUAAAAGCAAUUUAUAGCAAUCAAAUCUGACAUCUUUGCCCAGCAACAGUGUGUGAUGUCUGAUGGAUGACAGAAACACGCAAAUGGUGAAGCAGGAUUGUACCUUGCCAGGUGCUCUGUUGUACUUGAGAUUAUGGCUGUCAUGUAACCAUAAGCAGUCAUUUGGUGCAAGCAAAGCAUUCUCAGAGCCAAAAAAAUUCAGAAGUGAAUUUUGAAAGAGCUUUUACAGCUGUCUGUAAGUUAUAAGUUAUUCCUGAUUCUUAAGAUAUCUAAGUCAUGAAGCUGGCAUCUUCAAUUUCUGAAGCUUAUGCAGAUCCCUGUCACUUGUCAUAUGAGGUAUCAAUUAGAUAAAAAUGUGUUUUUCUUUCUUUUCUUUCUCUUGCAUUGAUUAGUUCAUUAACACGCACAGAAGGAGGGUCUCUGCGGAGGGUUACAUGGAUUUACAUUAUUAAGCACUUCCGCACCAAGGCAAGGUUUCCUGUCAGCAAAAGAAGCUUUCAGUUUGUGCCUCCAAAUUGUCCUCCAAAGUGGUGGUGUAAGAUUAUUGGGGUUAACUCUGUUUUCCUAAAACCCUUUUAAAAUCAUUACUAGCUUGGACGGUGCUGAAUUAAAAACUCUUAAUGGCUUUCACAAUACAGCAAGCCAAGAUUUUCUCCUUUUAUUGUCAAUAUUGGGGAUUUGGUUCCAAAGCAACUAUAAGCCAUCUAAUCUGAGAUCUUUGGAUGAUAAUCAUGAUAUGAGAUGGCUUUCAAAUUUUAGUCUCGGAUGGUGUUGGUCUCUUCAGUGCCAGCCAAGAUGAGAUGUUCCACUAGAGUUGGGAGUACGCAUCCGUGCGUAUUGUUGUUCGAAUUACUUGGCUAAAGUUUGGAAACAGGCUCAUUGUGCUCGUGGAUACUUCUGUCCAAGCAGAACAACCGAUCAGGAGUGGACACGUGGGCAAAGUGCUCCACGUCAGCUUAGAGAACUUAUCAAGGGGCCUCUUUUUUUUUGUCUGACAUCAAGGAGCCUCACAUUCACUCAUGAUGAGACGUCUGCCCAUGCCUUGAGCUACUCACAUUAAAGGAUCCAUGCCUUACGGGACAAUGUUUCAUCAUUCUCCAUUCAGUUGCAUUCUUUAUAUAUACAGCUAAACCAUCAUAUAGUGUAAUUAACCAUAUUUAUUCAAUCAUAGUAAAACCACUAGCAAACAACCGCGAUGUAGCCCUAAACUUUGGCGGAGUUUUGGGUGAACAUGUAAAUUUCUUGUGUUAUUAGGUGUGAUUGUCUUUUACGUACAAUUUAUAUAUCGGGGACCUUUC